CAAAAAAAAAAACCACGCCUUUAUGUUGCAGUUCCUUCGUCGUCCUCCAUCCUCAUUUCCAUAAGAACAGCGCCCCCUGCUGUCCGGCGGGUCACGGCCCUGAACGACAGUUAAACAUGGCGACCAUGUUCAGUCCGGCGCUGCACAGGCAGAGACAUCAGUUUGUUAUCGAUUUUGUCAACCGGAACAAACCCAAAAAGGUGUUGGACCUGGGCUGCAGUGAGUGCAGCCUCCUCAAAAAGCUCAAGUUUAACCGUGACAUUGAACUGCUGGUUGGUUUGGACAUCAACGGUGCCAAAGUCAAAAAACAUAUGCAUGGAUUGGCUCCUUUAUCAACUGAUUACCUGCAGCCCAGUUAUGAUCAGCUACGCAUUGAACUGUACCAGGGUUCGGUCACACAGAAAGACUCCCGUCUCAGAGGAUUUGAUCUGGUGACCAGUAUAGAGCUCAUAGAGCACCUUUCUCUUGCUGAUGUGGAGCUCUUCUCUGCGGUGGUUUUUGGUUACAUGACACCAGUGGCAGUGAUUGUCAGCACGCCAAACUCUGAGUUCAACCUCCUGCUACCUGGACUGAGUGGUUUCAGGCACAGCGACCAUAAGUUUGAAUGGACCCGAGCAGAGUUCAGAUCCUGGGCUCUGAAGGUGUGUUUGGACUACGGUUAUGAGGUGGAGUUCACUGGUGUUGGACAAGCACCGCAGGAACAGCAGGACAGUGUUGGCUUCUGCUCACAGAUUGGUGUGUUUCAAUGGCUUGGAGGGAGAAAUGGAUCCAACAUAUUACUUGGCGAUGAGGCAGAGGAUGUGUUUUCAUACACACUACUGUACAGUAUAAACUACCCUAGCCUGCGUGACAACAACAUGUUGCGCAGGGUCCUGGUGAGCGAAGUGCUGUACUCUGCAGAAAAACUUAUGAAUAGAUGGUUGGAGGAGAAGACUGGAAACGGGGAUGGUGCUGCUACACUGUGCCAGACUGAGGGUGAAGGGGAGGAAUUCCUCUCAGAGCUGUGCAUGGAGGUGGAGGAACAACAGACAGUUUGUGCAGAAGAGAUGAAAAACCCAGUGGAGCAGUGUGGGAGAAGUGUGUCAGAUUGUGAGAAAGGGGAGUAUGAUGAGGUGCUCGGGACAAAAGGCCAAAAACAACAGGAGUCUUCUACAUUGAGGAGGUAUGUGUCUGUGCCUCUGGCUGUGCUGUGGUCCUGCUGUCCCAAAGUCAGUGCGCUGAGUGGAAGUGUCAGUAAUCUCAGACAUCUCCUGAUGGGAAAUCCUGAAAUUAAACUGAGCCAGGACGGUUCUGCUGUGCUUGUAACUCACCAGGAAGAAGACCAGGAAGAGGAAGGUGUUGACAAUGGUUUGGAGGACAGCAGGUAUGCAGAGGCCAGCCACUACUCCCAUAGUGCUGAGCAAGAGGAAGAGUGGGAGGCAAAUGUUUGAUUUGAGGGACGCAACUUUGUUGUCACUAAGGUGACUUUAAAUCUAUCAAAGAAAGGUCAUGAGUUGUACUAACAAAUCUCAGUUUAAUUGAAACUGUUUUGUCUGAGGGCUGGUCAGUGACAAUAAAGUAACAGCUGGCCACUAAAAUAUAAGUAUAUUGACAGAAAGCGACUUUGACAGUCCACAUGUAAAUAGUACAAUAAAAUUGUAAAU